AUGGAAGGUGGAAGUGGAGGUGGAGGUGGAGGUGGAGGUGGUGGGGGUUUAGGGUAUGUGAAUUUACAAAACGACCCUCCUUAUCGACCUAGUCCUCCAUUAACAGCCAUAGAUAAGUUCUUGUGGGGUGGUGGUCAAAACCAUUGUUUCUCGCAGCAACCAACUCUAAAAGAUGUGAACAACAACGGAACACUCAAUUCUGCAAAUUGGUUAUGUGAUUUUUCUUCUUCUAGUGGUGCAAUUGGUAGCUAUGGAGUUGGGGUUUCGUGGCCGAGACAACACGAGGAGUUUCGUUUUGUUGACGGGCUUUUUCUAGAUGGAGAGACUCUUAACUGGACAAACGAGAUAAAUCAUAACUUGUGUUUGAAAGAAGAAACUAAAGUGACGCAGAAAAUUUCGAAAAAGAGAGUGAAAGGUGGCUCUUCUACAACUUUGAUCAAAGGGCAAUGGACAGAUGAAGAAGACAGAAAACUGCUUAGGUUAGUGAAGCAAUAUGGGGUGAGGAAAUGGGCUCAGAUAGCUGAAAAGAUGGUUGGUCGAGCCGGAAAACAGUGCCGGGAGAGAUGGCAUAAUCAUUUGCGCCCGGAUAUCAAGAAAGAUAGUUGGAGUGAAGAAGAAGAGAGGCUGUUGAUUGAAGCUCAUGAGAAGGUUGGGAACAGAUGGGCUGAAAUUGCUAAGCGAAUUCCGGGACGAACUGAAAAUUCAAUAAAGAACCAUUGGAAUGCCACAAGGAGGAGGCAGAAUUCAAGAAGACCGAAGACUAGGAAACCACAAUCAGGCCAAAAUGGAAAGACUCCUCAAUCAUCCAUAUUACAAGACUACAUCAGAAGCAAGAAUAAUAAUCCGAACGAUAUCAAUACUACUUCAACCACCAUUAGUACCCAAAGCACCAACAUGAUCAACUCCCCCACCGCCGUGUCAAACCAAUUCACUGACCUUUCUCUCCCCGAACUAUCUGAAUCCCCCAUUGACGACGACUCUCCACCAUUCAUGACUCAUACAUAUGAUGAUGAACUGAACUUCAUGAUGAAUUUUUUUAAUAAUGACAACAAAAAAGUCAUGGAUACAGUGGAAGUGAUCAAUAUAUCCAACGAUGAUGGUGUCAAUAAUUCUUCGGCCUUAAACCACCCUCCCGAGUUAGGGCUACACAGUGGUGGUGAUCAUUUGCUCCAUGAAAUGGUUCAAUGUGGCUGCUCCUCUACAGAUCAUGUAGACCAAAACAUGUAUGUACAUGCCCAAAAGAAUGAGACUUCCAAAACCCAUCUGUAUUCUGAUCUUUGUCUCUCCUAUCUGCUAGAUGGAACCACUUCUUUGCCUUCCAUGGAUUAUUGCUAUGAUACUCUGAAGAUGGACUUAGGUCAAGCUUCUCCAGGUGGAAAGAAAGAGAUGGAUCUGAUAGAGAUGAUUUCUUCUUCUCAGUUCGGAUCCCAAGGUAAUAAUAUUGUUUUGUGA